AUGGAGUAUUUUCGAACUUUCUGUCCUCCAGCACCAACUCUUACGGAGAAGAAUAUUCCAGAUCAAUCUGGCAAGGUUUUUCUUGUGACUGGUGCCAACUCCGGCGUUGGUGCCGAACUGGCCAAAAUAUUAUACGGCCAAAAUGCCACCGUAUACGUUGCUGCCAGAUCCCAAGAAAAGGCUUUAGCUGCGAUCGAAGAAAUCAAGACUGCACACCCCGAGUCAACCGGGAGACUGAUGUUUCUUCAAUUGGACCUGUCUGAUUUGACCACCAUCAAAAGCUCCGCUAAUGAAUUUCUUGCGGCUGAGUCCCGCCUCGAUGUAUUGUGGCUCAAUGCUGGGGUCAUGAUGCCACCACAGGGUAGCAAGACCAAGCAAGGAUACGAGCUUCAGCUCGGGACCAAUAACCUCGGACACUUUCUGUUUGUCAAGUACCUCCAUGGUGUAUUGAAAAAGACGGCAGUCACGGCACCAAAGGGUAGUGUUCGGGUUAUCUGGGUUUCGUCUUCUGCCAUAUUGAUGGCCCCAAGCCCGCCAAUUGACUUCAACAAUAUGGAUUACCAUGAAGAGGAAAGCGCAAUGAAGAAAUACUGUCGCAGCAAAGCUGGAAAUGUAAUUCACUGUGCUGAAUAUGCCAACAGGACUGCUGGAGAUGGAGUACUCAGUUUGAGUUUGAACCCGGGGAAUCUGAAAAGUGGAUUGCAAAGACAUAUGUCUACAGCACAGACUCUAGUGGCGAAUCUGAUUCUGUACCCUCCUAUUUAUGGUGCUUAUACAGAGCUCUAUGCAGGCCUGAGUGCCGAAAUCACGGAAGAAAAUAAUGCUUCAUUUGUUGCUCCUUGGGGAAGGGUCAUUACUAUUCGAAAAGAUUUGUAUGAUCCGGAGCUGACGAAGAGAUACUGGGAAUGGUCCGAAGAACAAGUUCAGGGAUACUAA